AUGCCAAAGCCAAAUUCCACUUUUGUGACUGAAUUUCUCUUUGAAGGCUUCUCCAGCUUUGGGUGGCAGCACAGGCUUAUCUUCUUUAUUGUUUUUCUAACCUUGUACCUGCUGACUCUGUCUGGCAAUGUGAUUAUCGUGACCAUUAUUCACCUGGACCGUCACCUCCGUAUACCAAUGUACUUCUUCCUGAGCAUGCUGUCUGUCUCUGAGACCUGCUACACUGUGGCCAUCAUUCCCCGUAUGCUUUCUGGCCUCCUGAAUCCUCAUCAGACCAUAGACAUCCAAAGCUGUGCCACGCAGCUCUUCUUCUAUCUCACCUUUGGCAUCAACAAUUGCUUCCUGCUCACAGCCAUGGGAUAUGACCGCUAUGUGGCCAUCUGCAACCCCCUGAGGUAUUCAGUCAUCAUGGGUAAGAGGACCUGUGUCCAGUUGUCAUCUGGGUCACUGGGAAUUGGUCUGGGCAUGGCUAUUGUCCAGGUAACAUCUGUGUUUGGCCUGCCCUUCUGUGAUGCCUUUGUUAUUUCCCACUUCUUCUGUGACGUGAGACCCCUUCUUAAGCUUGCCUGUAUAGACACCACUCUCAAUGAGAUCGUCAACUUUAUUGUCAGUGUCUGUGUCCUUGUCCUACCGAUGGGCCUGGUCUUCAUCUCCUAUGUCCUCAUCAUCUCCACCAUUCUUAAGAUUGCUUCUGCAGAGGGUCGGAAGAAGGCCUUUGCCACCUGUGCCUCCCACCUCACAGUGGUCAUCAUCCACUAUGGCUGUGCCUCCAUCAUCUACCUCAAACCUAAGUCCCAGAGCUCCCUGGGGCAGGACAGACUCAUCUCAGUGACGUACACCGUCAUCACCCCUCUGCUGAACCCUGUGGUGUACAGCCUGAGGAAUAAGGAAGUCAAAGAUGCUCUCCGCAGAGCCAUGGGGAGAAAGCCCGUCUCCCCUUAA